AGGCGAAUUCACAACAACCACAGGAACGAGAGCUCUUCUUCGUUCGUCCAUGCUUUCCACAUAGCUUAUAUGUAUUUCUCGACAGACCAAAGAAACACAAGUAAAACCCUUCACUGUAACGGCAAAAUUCUCCUUUGAAACGCAUUGAAUAUAAACUAACUUGGCACUCUUAAAAACAGAAGCCACGGAAUCCAGACAAGUGUGAAAGCACGCCAUGGCUUCAUCCCGAGGGCGUGGAAUGAAUGAUGACGUCACGUACGCAGAGAUAAUAUCUAAACCAGAUGCAUCAUGGAAUACUAUUCGAUCGUCGUCUGGCCGGAAGUUAUAAACUUCGGUGGCAUUUUCUCGAUAUAAUUAAAUCAAGUCAUAACAUCUACAUCUACUUCGACAUUUGUAAUUUGCACAAGAAUUAACCCGUCGCCUGGAGUCUCCGCAUAUAAUGGCUUAUUAGCACCGCUUUUGAAAAGUUAACGAGAAAAGCAGUCAGACGACACAAAUUGCCGCAACCGUUUAUUAGAAUCUUGGUCGAGACAUGGUCGAGACGGUAUUGUAAUAUGGCAACCGCGAUGGCAUCCCUAUCAAAUGGGAAUGGUAGUGAAAUCGAAAUUGUGCCUUCUGCUGAGAGGCAACACGGUAAAUUUCGACGAUGUGUCCGAUCGCCGCGAAAGCAACUAGUGAUUGUCGCCGUCGUCACAGCCCUAUUGGCGGUAGUGGUCGGGUUUUUGAUCGGCUAUUUCGUUCGUAAGUCGAAGGGCUCUGUAUGCUCCAUUAGCGCCAGCGAGGAGGACGUGCACGAUAAGUUUGAAGACAGGGUUAGUGCAGCGGAGCUGGAAAAAGAGUUCAGGUAUUUUACGUCGAAGCCGCACGUUACUGGCUCGGAAAGACAGGGCACUCUUAUCAAUCACAUCGCUACAAAAUGGCGUGAGUACGGUUUUGAUGACGUGGAAAUACCGGAGUACCAAGUGCUACUCUCAUUGCCGCAGGAAGACCAACCAAACACGGUUGAAGUAAUCAACAAUGGAGUUGUCGAGUACAGGAUGAUUGGAAAGAUCAACGUCAGCACAGAAGACGAAUCAAAAAGUUCGUUCCAGUAUUUUCCGUUUCUCGCGUAUGCUCCGCCAGGGGUGGUCGAAGGAGAACUGGUUUUCUGCAAUGCAGGAUCAGAGAGUGUUGUGUUGGAUAGCUUAAACAUCACUGUCAAAGAUAGGAUUGUACUAUUGAAAGGUCAACACGCCUCUAUAACCAGUGCAGCCAAACGCGGGGCUGUUGGAGCGAUCCUGUAUGUAGAUCCUGAGACCGUAGCCAAAGAAGGAACUGAUGGGAGCGACACUUAUCCUAACGCUCCGUGGGGGUCUAAACAUGCUGUGUUCUCGAAGAGUCUGAAGCAGUUUAGUGGAGAUCCGUUAACACCACACUUACCAUCUAUUGCAGGAAUGUAUCGCAGGCCCAGAAACGAAACCCACUUUCCAAACAUUCCAGCCCAGCCAAUAUCUUACGAGGACGCCUUAUAUCUACUGAGUCGUCUCAAAGGUAACGAAGUCCCCUGGUCUUGGCGUGGCGAUCUUAAAAUCACUUAUAAAUUUGGUCCGGGUUUCACCAACCCAAACACCACUGUGCGACUGCGAGUCAACAACGAACUUGUCGUAAAAUCAAUAUACAAUGUCAUCGGUACCAUCAACGGUCAAGAAGAACCCGACCGGUAUGUCCUUGUCGGCAACCAUCGGGACGCGAUAUACUUUGGAGCUGCGGACGCCUCGAGUGGUUCUGCCACACUGAUGGAAAUAGCUCGAGUCCUUGGAAAACUCAAAGGCGACGGCUGGCGACCGCGACGAACGUUAAAGUUGUGCAGCUGGGGCGCAGAAGAGUUCGGCAUGGUGGGGUCACUCGAGUGGGUCCAAGAAAACUCCAAACUUCUUGCGAAUCGAGCUGUGGUAUAUUUGAAUACGGAUGUGGCUGUUGGCGGGAACUAUGUAAUGAUUGCACAGACCUGCCCCAUGCUAACGGAAGCGGUAUUCUACAGAGCGAAGAAGGUCAGAGAUCCCGAUAAGUCCAGCAUUUACGAUAACAUGGUAAGCAGGUUUAUUUCCACGAAGGACUACCCUGAGGAACCUUACACGAUACCUUACUUAUUCUAUAGUGAUUACCUGCCCUUUUACAUGAGUAUAGGAGUGCCUUCAGCUGAUUUCAGUUACUUUUAUGGAAAAAAGAAAUACGGUGUGGUGCUUUAUCCUGUUUAUCACACUCAAGAAGACAGCUAUUAUUGGAUGAAAACAUUUGUAGAUCCAAACUUCGAGUUUCAUGUAACGAUGACGAAGUUCCUCGGCGGCCUGCUUUUAGAUUUCAGCGACACCCUAAUUUUGCAGUUUAAUGUGCUGCGCUAUGCCAAAGCAGUAAAAAGGUCAUUUGAGCGGCUCGACGCACGCUUGCAAGCAGAUGAUUUAAAUGUCUCCACAACGUUCGUGCUCAAUGCUAUCCAAGAGUUUGUUAAUGCAAGUACGCUCUUUCAAGCCACAAAGAACCAGCUAACUGGUGAAGAAAGCCCGCUUGUUUUGAGGGCGAUCAAUGAUCAACUUGUCCAGGUCGAGAAAGCGUUCAUUAGCCCAUUCCUAAAAUCUGAUGACCGAAUGGUGAAACAUGUAUUCUCACGGGAUUCUCAAUCGCGGCGCCCAUUUAGGUCAUUUCCAGGUGUUUUACAGGCUUUAAACGAUGCAAAGGAAACCGGAAAUAUUGAUCUAGUUCAAGAGCAGCUAUCGUUGAUUGCCGAAGCUAUAAUGUCUGCAGCUGACAUUAUUAAGCCUGUAGUUUGCAAAAAGUAACAAUCUUCUGUAAAUAAAAAAAACCCCUUCUGUAAUUAAGUAUUAUACUACCAUUAUUUUGUAAUGUAACCUAGGUAUCGUGACGUACACAUUGUAAUUAGAUACUUCACAUAAUUUAUUGCAAUUAGAUACUUCACAUGUUGCAAUGUAGGCACUAUUAAUAAGUAUUACAAUGCACAACAAGUUAUGUAUAUGUUUGUUGUGCAAGUAACUUGUACGUAGAAUUGUAAACUGUCCUUUUAUUAUUUUUUUUGUAUCAUUGCAAAAAAAAAAAGAAGACAAAAAAUCAACAACAACAACAGCUCGACAUUUUCGUAAAUAAAACAGCAUGAAUGCCCGUUAAACAGUUACUUGGUUUCUCGUGUAAGGGUGCACUCCAUUGAGGCGCUUUGUCGGAAAGUACAGCAUUUAAGUUUGUUGGAAAGGGCUUUUUCAUCUUCGCUGUGUUAGCGAAAACUAUUUAUCAUUGCCAAGCUACGAUACCGCAAGAAAUGAUAAACUUCUCACGGUUUUAGCUGUGUGCUAUAAAAGGACAUGCGGCCAAUGGCAGCUGAUAUUUUCAUUUUAUAGUCCCAUCCCAUUUGGGCCCUCUGAGUUUGUCGAAAGUUUAAUAGCUUAGGAUUACCACUGUAAAAAUGUUGUUAUUGAUUAGCAACAAUAAAGUUACUUUCAGACGUUCGAAUUAGUAAACUAUUUGCAGUUAUAGUUCAUCAUUAAAAUUUGUGUGAUUCUGACUUGGCUAAAUAUUAUUGAUCAAGUGACGAGAAAGCGUUCGUUCGUGGAGGGCUACUGUUAUAACAAUAGAGUUAGCCUGUUCCAGGUUUUCGGUUUGUAGUUGGGGAGACGAGUAGACAAGAGGCGAGAGGUUUGGAGCGAGAAAGGCCCUCUUUUUCACCCCCGUGUUCUUCCCUAGAUCCCCUCUCGUUCCUGCAGUCGCCUCGUUUCCCUUUCUAUCUCCCCCACAAACCGGGAACCUCGAACAGGCAACAGAAUAGUGUUUCUUUCAGAGGCCUAUGAGCCAAAAGUUGCCCGCGACAAUUUUACGAAGUUUGAGGACUGCAAUGCAGUGGAAUUUUUUUAGAACAUAAAAUUUCCACGGGCAACUGUCCUCCCACAGGGCAAAGAAAUAAACAUCCUGUGUACAUGUGCAUAUCUUUGGU